CUGAGUAUUUGCAGAUGUGAUACUAUUUCUCUAGGAGCUGAUCCGUCGUCAGUAUUGUGGAAUAAUUCUAAUGUUAAAAUAAGAUUUGGAUGGAGACAGAUGACCCGAGAGCAGCGCUGCCUUUCUUUCGAUUCUAUCAGUAUCGACACAUGCCUCAACGACGCACUUUUUAAGUUCCAUCGCUAUUGGGAAACCGGGCCCAACCCCCGAGACAACCCCCGAGACAACCAACCCGGUCUCCCCUACAUGCCGUCGGCGUCUGUUACGCGUGAAUGAUAUUAAAGCUUUGUGGGUUCUCCCGAAGCGCUGUAGGCUAAUUCGUGAUGUAAGAGGAAGUCGGCUAACAAUAGUGGGUGGCUUCCAACAACCUGACAGCAGUCCUAGUCUGACACUUUAUUCAUUGAGUGUCCGGGAUCCGUUGGGUUUGGUUCACUAUCACCGCACCGAAGGUUGCAUUUGGAAAGCUGUCUCUGGAGUGUUUGGUCGGUUUAUGUGACUUUCUAAAUCACGUUGCCAUUGGAUUUUAAGCUAUUGUCAUCAGCAGCUCGAUAGCCAUUAAAGAGUGGAUCGUCUGACAUGCCGAAAAAGAAGAUGGAUGGUUUCGGCUGGUGUUGGAUGGUCAUCUGUCUACUACUGUGCACUCCCACUGAUAUCUUUGUUGUGGCUAGCCCAGAGGUGAACGAGACCCAGGAGCACGUACCGGUGAAUGUCUACCACGACACAGACGUCACCAGGAAAAAGAUUGUGACCGCCCAGUUUGAGUGCUACCAAAAAAUCAUGAAGGAUAACGACCACAACAAAAUAGGUUUCUUCUCUGAUGGUUUCUAUGCUGCAGGGCCAGUGUGUAACCGGACUUGGGAUGGGUGGCUGUGCUGGGACGACACAGAGGCAGGCUUCACUUCAGAACAGUACUGCCCUGACUACUUCCAGGACUUUGACCCCUCAGAAUUGGUGACAAAAAUAUGCAGUGACAACGGCCACUGGUUUCUGCAUCCUGAGAGCAACCGAACAUGGACCAACUACACACGAUGCAACGAGCAUACUAAUGAAGGCAGAAUGACUGCCAUGAAUUUAUUCUACUUGGCCCUCAUCGGUCAUGGCUUGUCACUGACAUCCCUAUUAAUUUCCCUGGGAAUAUUUUUCUAUUUCAAGAGUUUAAGUUGUCAACGAAUCACUCUCCACAAAAACCUCUUCUUCUCCUUUGUAUUGAACUCGGUCAUUACCAUCAUCUGGCUGACCGCUGUGGCGAAUAACCAGGAGCUGGUACAAAGAAACCCUACGAGCUGUAAAGUGUCCCAGUUUAUCCAUCUUUAUCUUUUUGGUUGCAACUAUUUCUGGAUGCUUUGUGAAGGGAUAUACCUGCACACCCUCAUCGUUGUUGCUGUGUUUGCUGAGAAACAGCACUUGAUGUGGUACUAUCUUCUCGGCUGGGGCUUUCCUCUAAUUCCAGCAUCUAUACAUGCAAUCGCUCGCAGUUACUACUACAAUGACAAUUGUUGGAUAAGCUCCAACACUUCACUCCUCUACAUAAUCCAUGGGCCCAUCUGCGCUGCUCUGUUGGUGAACCUGUUCUUCCUGUUGAACAUUGUGCGUGUCCUGAUCACCAAGCUAAAGGUAACCCACCAGGCUGAGUCCAGUCUCUACAUGAAGGCGGUGCGUGCCACCCUGAUUCUGGUACCUCUCCUGGGGAUCCAGUACGUCCUGUUGCCCUACAAACCAGAGGGACGGGUUUCCUCUGAGAUCUAUGACUACAUCAUGCACAUCUUAAUGCAUUAUCAGGGUCUGCUGGUAGCCACCAUCUUCUGCUUCUUCAAUGGAGAGGUGCAAGGGGUUCUGAGGAGACAUUGGAACCAGUACCGUAUCCAGUUUGGAAGCACCUUCGCCCACUCAGAUGCCAUGCGGUCUGCCUCGUACACUGCUUCGUCCAUCACCGAGGUCCAGGGCUGCUACAGCAUCGACAGCCACACAGAACACUUGAACGGCAAGGGGGCCUGCCUCGACAUCGAGACCUCCAUCUUAAAAUCAGAGAACCCGUUCGCCUGAGGAUAGGAUGAUUCUUUUUCGGAAUGGUGGGGAAGGAGAGGCUGCAGUUUGUUACUAGGUUUACUGGGUUAACCGAGGGAGGGGAGAAAGAAGGGAUAAACAACAGAAACUUUCGGCCACUUGUAUACGCACUGAAAAAAAAAAAAGAAACACAUUUUGCUACCUUUGAUUAACACAUUGAAAUGGGCACUUAAUCGUUUUAUCAGCUUAGUGAGAAUCACUUUUUGCCACCCUUUUUCAAGUAUCCAUGUAUGAAGCUUCUUUGCUGCUUAUCAGAGGAAGCCAAAUGUAUAUAUUCUGAUAAUUUAUCUUAAAGCAUUCAAGUGUUAGGCAGUCCUUUUAACAUGACUGUACAUAAAUGUAAGAAGGAGGUUUGACAAUCCAGAUAUUAUCAGUUCAGAUAAAGCCUGGGUGUUUGCCCAAAAGUAUUAUUUGUGACAUGCCAAACCAAGAACCGCCCUUGUCGGCUAUUUUUAUACACAACAAUCUAUGCCACUAAAAACUAGGCUCUCUGGGGCUAUUAUCUGUGUUUCUCUAGCUGAAUCUAAGCUCAAAUUAAGGGCAAAGUUACGAAGAUAUACAGUACAGUCCCUUGUUGGUAGUUAAUCACUUUUGAAAAGGUACAUGCUUUACCAUUAUCAACUAUUGUCAUUUAUGCCAAUAUCUGUCCUGUACAACUGAAUGUUACUUCAAUUAUGAAGUUUGGUUCUGGCACUGUUUUAAAUCUAUGGAAUAAAUAUUUAUAGGUUAAACCUGACAUUCCCCUCAGUGGCAAACGGUAUGCCUAUAAAACAUUGUGUUCUCUAUAUGUCUGGCACAUACUGUAUGUUCAUAUAUACUAAAUUCCAUAUAAUUGCCACUGUUCACUAUCGGAAUCAUUCAUGUGAAUUUCACUACUUUUUAAAUGAUCGUUUUCAUCCAAAUGCUGGAAAUGACUCACAAUCAGAUUAUGUAAAGUAUGUGGACACCCCUUCAAAUUAGUGGAUUUGGCUAUUUCAGCCACAGCUGUUGCUGACAGGUGUAUACAAUUGAGCAUACAGCCAUGCAAUCUCCAUAGACAAACGUUAGCAGUAGAAUGGCCCGCACUGAAGAACUCAGUGACUUUCAGCGUCGCACCGUCAUAGGAUACCGCCUUUCCAAAAAGUCAGUUUGUCAAAUUUCUGCCCUGCUAGAGCUGCCCUGGUCAACUGUAAGUGCUGUUAUUGUGAAGUGGAAGAUCACAGAACGGGACUGCCGAGUGCUGAAGCCCUUUGCGAGUACAAAUUGUCUGUCCUCGGUUGUGACACUCACAACCAAGUUCCAAACUACCUCUGGAAGCAAUGUCAGCACAAGAACUGUUCGUCGGGAGCUUCAUAAAAUGAGUUUCUAUGGCUGAGCAGACGCACACAAGCCUAAGAUUACCAUGUGCAAUGCCAAGCGUCAGCUGGAGUGGUGUAAAGCUCACCACCAUUGGACACUGGAGCAGUGGCAUCACGUUCUCUGGAGUGAUAAAUCACACUUCACCAUCUGUCAGUACGACGGACAAAUCUGGGUUUUGUGGAUGCCAGGAGAACGCCACCUGCCAGAAUGCAUAGUGCCAACUGUGAAGUUAGGUGGAGAAGGAACCAUGUUUUUCAUGGUUCAGGCUAGGCCCUUUAGUUCCAGUGAAGGGAAAUCUUAACACUACAGCAUACAAUGACAUUCUAGAUGAAUCUGUGCUUCCAACUUUGUGCCAACAGCUUCGGGAAGGCCCUUUCCUGUUUCAGCAUGACAAUGCCCCUGCGCACAAAGUGAGAUCGAUACAGAAAAUGUUUGUCGAGAUCAAUGUGGAAGAACUUGACUGGCCUGAACAGAGCCCUGACUUCAACCCCAUUGAACACCUUUGGGCUGAAUUGGAACGGCAACUGCGAGCCAGGCCUAAUCGCCCAACAUCAGUGCCCAACCUCACUAAUGCUCUUGUGGCUGAAGGGGAGCAAGUCCCCGCAGCAAUGUUCCAACAUCUAGAGGAAAGCCUUCCCAGAAGAGUGCAGGGUGGACCAGCUACAUAUUAAUGCCCAUGAUUUUGGAAUGAGAUGUUUGACGAGCAGGUGUCCACAUACUUUUGUAUGUUGUAAAUCUUGCAGUGCAGAAAUGCAAUUAAGGUGAGUGCUUUAUGUAAAUAUACUGUAUAUAUUUACGCAGUAUUUAUGGGUGUAUGCGAGGCAUUCAAAUAUGAAGCAGCUGUCAUAUAGAAGUGUGUGGGAGGUUGUCAGCAGGAAGUUGUUGUUUUUUUACCAUGUUGAUGCUUUUACUGAUCAUUAGCCAUCGGACUGACAUUCAAAUGAAUUGUCUCUGCCAUUUCUGCUAGCUUUCCACAAGGGUACAAACAAAGCCAUUCCUCCAUUUUGCCAGUGCACUCUGAUGGAGGGUGAAUGAUGCCUGAAUUGCAUCUGUAAAUCCUAACAAGGAAAGUUGUUUUGGCCGUCCAAAACAACUUUGAGUUUGUAGGAAGAGGAACAGGCAUCUACCACUGGAACGUUGUAAUCCUAAUCAUACAGUGACCGUUGGUAACUAAACACUAAACAGAUACUAUUACACAGCACGUGUGUGUGUGUGUGUGUGUGUGUGUGUGUGUGUGUGUGUGUGUGUGUGUGUGUGUGUGUGUGUGUGUGUGUGUGUGUGUGUGUGUGUGUGUGUGUGUGUGUGUGUGUAGUGUGGCAUGGAGACAAGAAGACAUGUCAAUACCAACUCUCAGAUACAUCUCUAUAUUAGCUACCAGUACUUCUGGCAAGUAAAUUCCAUGCAUCCUGUUUUGUAACAUUUGUCAGAAUGUGACGUGGACUGCAGGACAGUUUCUUAUUAAAGAACUUAAUGAUAUCUUAAAACUGUAUUCAAAGGUGUUUUCAUAUUAGACGACUUUGACAUUUGAAGUAGCACUUACUACGAAGAAAAGUAUUUUGAAGGAUAAUGUCUGUAUUGUAUGUUAAAAAUGUACUGUGUAUAUAUAUUUGGAAGUCUACACACCCUGACUCCACUCGACUGUAUGAGUGUAAUUUGUAUGUGUUUUAUUCUUUGGAUGUGAAAAUAUAUAUUUGUGAAACAUUUA